AUGAGUACGAAGGCUAUACACUUAGAACUGGUGACAUCGCUGACGACAGAUGGUUUCAUGAGCGCUCUCCAUAGAUUUGUUGGGCGUCGUGGUAAUGUAUCGGAUCUGUACUCAGACAACGGUACAAAUUUUGUAGGGGCAUCUAAGGAACUAAUCGAGUUACGAAACCUUUUGAAGUCACAGUCCCUGGAACAGAAGGUGAGCGAAUUUUGUCAAGAACGAGGAACUACUUGGCAUUUCAUUGCUCCGAGGGCGCCACAUCAAGGUGGCCUUUGGGAAUCGAACGUGAAAUGCAUGAAGAAUCAUCUCUACAAAUCUUUGUCGGAAAGCCACCUAACAUACGAAGAAAUGAACACUUUGUUGAUUCAAAUCGAAGCAAUACUGAACUCAAGACCUUUGAUUCCCAUGAAUGAUGAUCCCUUCGAUUAUCAAGCUCUUAGCCCUGGUCACUUUCUGAUCGGUCGGGAGCUAACGUCUGUGGCUGAACCAACGUACGAUCAUCUGAAGGACGGAUCGUUGUCAAGAUACCAACUAAUUCAGAAACGAAAACAAUCGUUUUGGAAUCGAUGGUCUAACGAGUAUAUUACCAGUCUUCAGAAGCGAAGCAAAUGGCUCAAGGAACCCUCCCUGUUACGAGAGGGACUGCUUGUAAUCCUGCAAGAAAACCAAAUGCCUCCGCAAACAUGGAGGUUGGGCAGAAUCAUCGACACACACCCUGGUAUUAUACGAGUGGUGACCGUACGUACAAGCAACGGCACCUUUCGUAGAGCGACCACUAAGAUUGCAGUACUACCAAUUGAUGAUAAUAUGUAA